UAGAAAAUGACGAAUUCUAAAUUAUUAAAAAUAAUUUUAGCAUCGUUGUUUUUAAUUAAAUUAGUUUAUUCUCAAGAUACUGCAGAAAUUGAUCGAUUAGAAAAGUUAAUAAAUACUGGGACGAAAGCAGCUGAGGAUUAUAUACUGCCUACUGAUGCUAGACAGUACCAAGCAACAGAUAACAAUGUACAAGAAUAUGGUACAUUCGACUUCGUUAUCGUCGGAGGUGGUUCAAGCGGCAGCGUAUUAGCGAGACGAUUGUCCGAUAUAGGAGACUGGAAUAUUUUGGUCAUAGAAGCAGGCGAAUUUUCUGACAAUGGUUUCAUACAAUUUCCCAGAUUUUUCGCACAUCACAAAUUUUCAGAUUACAACUGGGGCUACAAAACUGUACCACAAACCACUGCAUCUUUAGCCGCUGUCAAUAGAACCGCCAACAUAUACUUAGGAAAAGGUGUUGGAGGUACCUCUUUGAUCCAGCAAGUAAUAUACAGUCGAGGUCAUCCUGAAAAUUACAACAACUGGGCUAAAAUUACAUCAGACCCAUCGUGGUCCUACAAAAACGUCCUUAAGUACUUCAAAAAAUCCGAAAAGUUCAACUGGACAAACCCACAAGCACCUGUAGACAUGAACUACCAUAGUACUAAAGGUGAAUUUCACGUACAACACCGUACUCCAACGUACUAUCUAAAUGACGUAUUCCUUAACGCUAACAAAGAACUAGGCUAUGACAUCACCGACUACAACGGUGCUUCAACAUCUGGUGCAUCAAUUUUACAAUUAAAUACUCGAAAUGGCGCCAGAGAAGAUACUGGUACUGCUUUUGUUAAGCCAGUAUUGAACAGCUUCAACUUGAAAGUUCUGACAAAAAGUUUUGUCACCAAAAUUGAAAUAGAUAAGCUAACCAAAAUAGCGAAGAGUGUUAUUUUCACCAGAAACGGUAAAACUUACCGUGCUAUAGUUAAAAAGGAGGUCAUACUUGCCGCAGGUGCUAUUGGUAGUCCUAAAAUACUGAUGUUAUCAGGAAUAGGACCCAAAGAUCACCUAGAAAACUUAGGAAUAGAUGUUAUAAAAGACUUAGACGUUGGUAGUGAACUAAAAGACCACGCAAGUGCUGGUGGGCUAGUAUUUACAACCAACGUGACAAGACCUGUAGAUACUUUCAGACAAUGGUUAGAAGAUUAUGUAAAAGGACAAGGUGAUUUGACAGGUGUCAGCAGAGCACAAGCUUUGGGCUUCUAUCCUAGAAACAGUAUAAAUACAAAAGGAGUACCAAUAAUAAGCGUAAAUACUGACAUAGCUUUACGUUCAAAAAUGGUACAAAAAUAUCUAGAUUUCACUACAGAAACUAUAGACGCGUACUGGGGUACCAAUAAUAAUGCUGUAAGUUUCGUUGUAAAGUUACUAGAUCCAAAAUCUUGUGGUACUCUUAGACUUAAAUCAAAAAACCCUUUUGAAUAUCCUUUAAUCAAUCCUAAAUUUUUAUCAGAUCCUGAGAACAGUGAUAUCGAGGAACUGUACAAAGGAAUACAGUUAAUUUUUAAAUUAUCACAGACGGUACCGUACAGAAGCAUUGAUUUGAAGUAUUUGGGUGAACCAGUACCUGCUUGUAAGCAACUGGAGUUCAAGUCUAAGGAUUAUUGGUACUGCUUUUUGAGACAGGUGACUAUAUCUGGGUACGAUCCUAGCGGUACUUGUCCAAUGGGUUCUAGUCCGUGCGAAGGAGGAGUCGUGGAUUCAAAAUUAAGAGUUUUUGGUAUUAAAGGAGUUAGAGUCGGUGAUGCUAGCGUUUUUCCAAGUCCCAUUGCAGGAAAUUCGGUGACGGCCAGUAUUAUGGUGGGGGAGAAGCUGGCUGAUAGCUUGUUAGCAGAAUAUUUUUUCUAUUAGUAUUAGUUAUGUUAUUUCUUUAAAUUGUGUGUGAAAUAAAAUAAUUCUUGUUAA